AUGCGGUUACUUAAAUUUAAUUAUCGAAUUGAGUAUGUUCCAGAUAAAUCAUUCCAUGUACCAGAUGCCCUAUCCAGUGCCCCACUUCAACAAGGAACAACAGACCUGGACGCUCUCUUAAUGGAUGAAGUGUAUAUCAGUUCAGUAAUAAAAGAGGUUGAUGGAUGGAUUUGUCCUGAAAGAACGAUCAGAGAAGAACAAGAUAAGGAGAUGAUGAUUACGGAGGCAAAGGAAAACAUUAAAGCCGGAUGGAAAGAAAAAGAGAAAUCACAAUAUUAUAAGUACAGAAAUGACUUAGCUAUUGAUAAAGAAAUAUUAAUCUAUAAAGACCGACUGGUAAUACCAAAAACCCUAAGAAAGAGAUGCUUAAACCUAUUACAUGACGGACAUUUUGGGAUGGGUAAAUGCAAAACUAGAGCGAAACAAAGUUUAUGGUGGCCUGGAAUUUAUCAACAGAUCGACGAAAUCAUUCAGAACUGUGAAAUAUGUCUACAAACAAAACCAACAGCAACGGAACCGAUGAUAUCUACGGAGAUCCCAGGAAGACCUUGGAGUGUAGUGGGAGUAGACUUGGCCGAUUACAAAAAUCGCAGCACAGUUGUUAUUUGGACGAAACCUUCGCGACAGAAUACCAAUAUCGAAGAACAAACUAAAUCCGAAAUUACCCAAUCAUGA